AUGGUUUCCAAUGGGCAUAAUGAUAACUAUUUAUAGCAAUUGAUGAAGAGUUACGCUGUAUCAGAUGAAAAUCAAAGAUACGAUAUCUUGAUUAAUUACCCCUUACUAGUUGAGGAACCUAUUGUAAAUUAAUAGUAUGGUAUCCCACAAAGGUUUAGAGUCGAAUUUAUGUCUUAAUCAUAAACAUCGUAGUAGUCAUACCAAGUCAGCUAAGGUUAGAUAUAAGUUUAGUAGUAAAAUGAUCCUGAAAUUUAAGAAAAUGUUUCUAUGAGCUGUAUAAUAGAUAAUGAAGAAGUUAUCACUUUCAGAGAUACUAAUGGUACAACAAACGACAAUAAUAAUCCUAGUGAUCAAAGUAAAAAGACAGAUUUGGCCUAAGACAGCGAAUCGGUUUUUACCUUUCGCCACGGAGAUUCAUUUCCUACAAAUUUAGGCAUCAACUAAUGA